UGGCCUCUUCUCUUUCCUGGCUACCGUUGAGUGAGCGGCUUGGCGUUGAGACGGCCGAAACUGGGCUACCCUAAAGACGGGGCUUCCCUGUCAGUCAGACGGUCCUGGGCUCAGUCACUGGGGGUCGGUUGGGCACCAGGGCGGUUCUCCCACCUGAGAGGCCUCCUGGAGCCUGUCGGUGGCAGAGACUAGUUUGGAUCGCUCGUCUGCGGAGGCUCAGUCAGUUCGCCAGGAGCCUGUCUGCAUUCAGCCUGCCACCAAGUCGAUCACCAGGUCGGCCUCAAGGGCAGCCAGGGGGGUCACCGGUCUAAUAAGCCCGCCAAGCGGUCUGUUGAUUAAAGAUCAGAUUAGCGUCCUUAUGAGUCGAACAGGUCCCCUUGCAAACCAAUUAAUCAGUGAAUCUGAUAAUCCACCUACUUCGUAGCCAGCCCUGCUCGUCUGUUAAUUAUGCUCGCUCUGAAUCCGUCUCUUAAUAAAUUAAUCCCCUUGUGAGGCGCUCAGUCAUUAGUCUUUCGGUUAUCCCGAGUGUAAUCCGGUUAAUGAGUUUCUCUGUUAGUCCUUGGCGUCCCUAGAAAAUCAGCUUUCCAGUUAGCAUAAGUAGGCCAGUCAUCCAAAAGUGGGUGUUCCCGCAGCAAGUCGGAAAAGCCCUUUGUAGGAUUUAGACUCUGUCAAGGACAUACACGGUCGGAAGUGUGCUGAGGACGAAAAAUAUCCUGGAGCCCUUGGAAGAAGAGCCAAAGGAAAUUUCCAUUUGAGAGACGUACAACUAGCUGGCUAUUGAACUCUGAUGGAAACUGCCCAUAGGACUGAGGGAAGUAAAAUAAUCCUGAAACCUGAAAUACCCAUGAUACCUUUGGUAAUGUUGGACACACGUGCUAAUAAGGAAGACCAGGUCCAGAAGAGUUCAGUAAUACAUGGAAAUGGUUUAUAGAGGAACGUGGGACCGUGGGAAUGUGAGGAGUUAUUCGCCAUCUCAUCCCUCCUGAACCACAUGGCUCUGAUGUGAGAGCCAGCUGAGGCAAAGACCCUGGGCCCCUCCUCUUCCUGAGGACCAUUGCUGCUGCAGAUGGCACCUGCCAGCCUGCUCUAUUCUUCCUGUUCCUUGGAGAAGACUCUUCUGUGCAGCUGUUCCUUCUAUGGGAUCCCCACACCCUCUGUGCAGUGGUGGAUGGGAGGGGCUCCCAUGGGUGUGAACAGUGUGGAUAGCAGUGUCCAGGUGACUUCCACCAUAAUCGCCCCCUGGGCCAACAGCACCAUCAGCCUGACAGAGCAGCCAAAAAUGAGCACGAGCCUUCUCUGUGAGGGGAAGAACCAAAAUGGAACCCAUGCUUUGAGCAUCCUAUUGAUGCCAAGAAAGAGUUCUUUUCUUCCCCAGACUUUCAUGGAAGGGCUGAUCCAGGGCGUGGUCUAUGGAGCCAUUGCUGCUGCACUUCUGUUCUUCUGCCUCAUCCCACUCAUAAUGAAACAUAUCAGAAGGAAGCUGGCAAAGAAAAUUGCAGCAGUCAAAGCAGAAAAGAGCCCAAAAGUCAGAGCAUGCCAAGAACCCAAGAUGUCUCUGAAGCCUAAGGAGCCAGAAAAAUCCGCAAUCACUCCAUCUUCAGAGAGCCAGAUAUUGCACCACGUACCUUAAACUUCCAGAAAAAGCAAGGUAAACCAGAGCUCAUGAAGCCUAUGAAAACUAUGUGCCUACCUGCAGUCUCCAAUAUCUGUGGGAUUACCAAAGUCCACAGAAUCCUGGAGUCUAUAACAAACCGGGAUCCCAGGAGUCUCCUCAGCUCACAAAGCCCUCUCAAGGCCCCACCUGUCCCUCACACUGACUGGCUCUCCAUUGAACAGAGUUACUCUGGGACCUGGUCUUGGAAACUUUGAAAGCAAACUCUAUGAUCUGUUGUUCAGGUUAACCAGAAGAAGUAUGCUCUGGCCUGGGAUGGUGUCAAAGGAAGGAAAAAUAAAUGUGAGACUAUGGUCCAGAAGUAGUUUUGAGCCCCUAUUGUAUGUCCAGAACUUGGAAUAUACGUACAAGAGCACCAGGCUUUGGACCCAUUAUAUAUGGAUUGAAUCCCAACUUUAAUGCCCAGUGGCUAUAUGUCUUUGGAUAAGACCUUCACCCUGCCCCCUUUGAACUUCAGUAUCCUCACCUGAGGGAUACAUGGGUAGAGAGUGAGUGAAAAGUAGUAUCCGGAGGUGCAGUCGGAGAAAAGACACAAAGACCAUCCCAAUGGGUGGGAAUGAAUUCCAAGAUAAGUCAUUGGAGCUUUAUCUGGUAGGCUAUUAAUCCUGAUUCCCUUAGAAUGUACGUUCCACAAGAACAGGGAUCUUGUCUGUCUGGUUUUCUAUUUGAACCACCAGCACCUAGAAUGGUUCCUAAAAUA